GGGGGGGAAUGAAGCUUUAAUUUGUUUCUAGAGUAAUUAAAAAGGGAUUGAAAAUGGAUUGAUGGUAAAAUGGGAAGUUAGCUGGCAGUUGCUGGCCAUGUACCUCGUGGCACUUGUGGUGCCCGUACUCUGCGGAUUGGUGCUCUGUGACCCGUCUGUGAUUUAUAAAAUGAAGAAUAUCGAAUGCUUGGGCGUUGCUCCCUUCUCUGCCAAUCCCGUGUGCUACAUAAAGCCCAUCAACUGGAACAAAGCUGUGGCCCACAUGGACGUGGAUCUGCUGAAGCCACUGCACAAUAUUUCGGUGCACAUUCAGAUCUUCAAGCGGGACUACAGCAACCAAUAUCAGCCAUUUCUUGUGGACGCCAUCGUUAACCUAUGCGAUAUCCUAUCCCGCCGUAGCUUUAUGCCCUUUGGCGUUAUUUUUAUGAAGAUUGCCAAUCGGUUUUCAAAUUUCAAUCAUUCCUGCCCGUUUGCUGGUCAUUUAAUCGCACGCGGCGCCUACGUGGACGAGUCCUAUGUGCCCAUAUGUCCAUUGGGCCUGUACAAAGCGAAUAUAACCAUUAUGGAGAACUAUCCCGCCAAGCGGCCCGAUCAUGCCGGUGGCUUUGUGUGGUAUGUCCAGGCAAUGACACCAGUCAUAAGGAAGAAACAAAAGAACUGAAUUCGUUUGUUUUAUUUGUCGUUGAUUCAAUUUGGUUUUAACCGAUUUAUAAUGUUACCCAAAACUCUGCUGCUCCACUUAUUGUAUAAUUAAAUGUAAACAACAAUCAAUUGCGCAUUUAAAUAACGUUUAAUUGCAAGAAUUGUAAUUGCUUUUUAAGUGGAAAUUCAAUAUUUAUAUGUGAAUUGUAUAUUUAGAUCGCAUUUUAGUUGGCAUCAUGCGUCUGUUAUUUGC